AUUUGAACUGCCCCUUGACAAAAAUAAAAUAAAUAGGCAGAGUGAAGAUUGAAAAAUACGAAAAAGAAAUCAAGUUUAAAUAAGAAUUGUAAGAUGUCGGAAAUUAAUGAGUUCUUAAAUGACUGGGAAGAACUUUCAAAUGAAUAUAAAAAUUUAGAGAAUGUCAACAAAACUUAUUUAGAACUUUUGGAUGGUUUAGAAGAAUUGCAAACGAAAUGUACCAAAGAUAUCAAUCAUCAAAGGUACCGAAUCGGACAAAUCACAAAAAAUUUAAAAGGAAUUAAAUCAACAACAUCCGAUGACCGUACUAAGAUUGAAGAGCUGGAAAAAAAUAUGAUUAAACGAAAAGCCCAAUUAUAUGAGAUUGAACAGAGUUUGCCACAGAAGAACAGCAUGUAUUUAAAGGUAAUUCUAGGAAAUGUCAACGUUUCAAUUCUUAAUCGUGCUGAGAAAGUUCGCUACAAGGACGACUACGAAAAGUUUAAAUUUAUUUUAAACUGCAUAGGUCUCUUAAUGUCAUUUCUCAAUUUAUUGAUAAAUUAUCGUGCACUUGAGUUGGCGUUUAUGUUCCUUCUUGUUUGGUAUUAUUGCACACUUACAAUUCGUGAGUCAAUUUUAAAAGUGAAUGGCUCAAGAAUUAAAGGCUGGUGGCGACUGCAUCAUUUCAUUUCAACUGUUUCUGCGGCUGUGCUGCUUAUUUGGCCACAAGGUGAACCUUGGCAACUGUUCAGGUCUCAAUUUAUGGUGUUUAAUGUUUACAUCAGCUUCAUUCAAUACUUACAAUAUGGAUAUCAAAAAGGUCUUUUAUAUCGACUCAAAGCGCUUGGAGAACGUCAUGACAUGGACAUAACUAUUGAAGGUUUCCACUCAUGGAUGUGGAAAGGACUUUCAUUCUUACUUCCAUUCCUUUUCGGCGGAUACAUUUUUCAAGCCUACAAUAGUUAUGUUCUUUAUAAGUUAUCUUCACAUUCAGAUGCACCAUGGCAAGUGUUUGUUUUGAGUAUUUUGUUCUUCGUUUUGUUCGUUGGGAAUACUUUGACAACAUUGUGGGUUGUGCCUCAGAAAUUACGAGGCAAAAUAAAGGAAAAUUAUAGACUGAAGAGUGUCUCAUGGGCAAUGAAAAUAAGACAACAAAUUAAGGGUGAAAAGGCAGAAAAAAUUCGACUGAGUGAAUCACACGAUGAUGGGAGUUUCGAACAGGAAUCAACAAAAGACAAAUAAAGAAAUUGUAAGCUUCGACUUGAAGAGAAAAAAUCAGCAAAGUCUGAUGGUGUAACAUUCAAUUAAAACUUAUCACAAUCUUCGUUUCACUUCUUGUUAAGUAAAUAUUCGUUGUUUAAUGACUGAGCCUUGAUAGUUGAAGGCAAAAUGUUUUGUAAGUUUACUUAGAGAUCGGAAAAAAAUUACUGCUACAAAAUUAAUUAUUCGAUGUAAAAAUAAAAUUUUUCUUCGUUGUUGUGUUUAGCUCAGUGAAGAGUUCGCUUGAAAGUGAACAAAUAAAGGGAAAAAAUAAAUUAAAUAAAUAAUUUAAAUGUUUGACAUUA